UAUGCACGCGCUGAAGCGCCCUCUACCCUUGUCAGAUUAAAAUAAUUUGCAACGAUGGCGAGCAACUACUACUAUUUGUCCAUUGCUUUGGGCAUGGUGUUCCUUGCUGCCGGUGUCACCAAAGUUGUUCCUGUUGAGCCUGCCUAUAGCACCCAGGUGUCAGAAUUUAACAGGUUCGUCAGGGUGUUCCCGUUGCAGUCUUUCACGGGUUACAAGCCAUCGGCAGAUUUGUACCGAACGGUGGUCGGCGUCUUGGAGAUAACCUUCGGCGUGCUCCUGGCCUUCGGGAACUACAACUGGCACCGCUACAGUUCUUUCGUCUUGGUGGGCAUCAUGGGCGGAGCCGUGUACACCAUCCUGGCCUUGUCGGACCCAAUCCAGAACAUCGUUCCUGCGGUCCUCAUAGGCGCUCUGUUGGUGCUGCUGAUCAAUCGUGAGGGACGUCAUAACUACUAGUACUACAGUGCGGAGUGAAACUGAUGUCCAUGAGAAUGAUGAUUUGCUCCAAAUCACCAAAAUAAAAUGUGUGUGCCAGUAUAAUAAUGUCCCUAACAUCACUUGAAUGAUUAACGUUUGCUAAUUAUAUUUAUAGACUAGUAUUUAAUUAAUGGGUUUUCAAUUUAGAUUUCUCUCACCAAGACAAUUUGUGUAUCUAGAUCUCUGUUCAUGGGGCAUUUUAACAGCAUCAAAGUUUUCAAAGUGUAUUUCAUUGAUUCAGGCAAAGAAAAAUGUGAGCCUUGUGUUGCUCUAUCGUCUGUUUAUCAUUCAAAAAAUUCACCUGUAUUGAAAGGUUUAUUCUUCUACAAUUUUUAUCCCACAAAGAUUCACUAUCAUUCAAAACAAGUGCGUUUUAUUGGUUAUGCUUUCCACUUUGAUACAUUCCCCUUUAUAGGCGUAGCCAGCGUGGGGGUAAGGGGUGUAUUUAUCCCCCCCCCCAAUAUUUUUUAAAGACUGCCUUUUUCCAUUCAAAUGCCCUCUUUUUUACGGGCUUACUGUAGCUGCUUACCCCCCCCCCCC